AUGGCAGCGAGUGCAUCUCCAAUGGCGAGCCAGCUAAGGAGCAGCUUCUCCUCAGCUUCUAUCGCAAGGCGUCUCGCCGUCCCAAAGGGCAUCUCCGGCGCUCCUUUCGCUGUCUCUCCGACCAAAAGAGUCUCUUCCUUCACCGUCCGAGCUGUUCAGGCCGACAAGCCAACAUUCCAAGUGGUUCAACCAAUCAACGGUGAUCCAUUCAUCGGAAGUUUGGAGACUCCGGUGACGUCAAGCCCAUUGAUCGCAUGGUACCUCUCAAAUCUCCCGGCUUACCGGACCGCAGUCAACCCUCUCCUCCGUGGUGUCGAAGUGGGUUUGGCCCAUGGUUUCCUCUUAGUAGGCCCAUUUGUCAAAGCUGGCCCAUUAAGGAACACUCCUUACGCCGGCUCAGCUGGCUCUUUGGCCGCAGCUGGACUCGUAGUCAUCCUCAGCAUGUGCCUCACCAUCUACGGAAUCUCUUCUUUCAAGGAAGGAGACCCUUCGAUCGCACCCGGUUUGACUUUGACCGGACGUAAGAAGCAGCCUGACCAGCUUCAGACUGCUGAUGGAUGGGCUAAGUUCACCGGAGGGUUCUUCUUCGGUGGGAUCUCUGGGGUGACUUGGGCUUACUUCCUUCUCUACGUUCUUGACCUUCCUUACUACGUCAAAUAA